UAUGUGCUCGAGCAAGUUUUACUUCUCCCUACUGUAGGGUGUUUGCCAGCAGCCUGCACUCUCGGAAAUCAGACUCAAGUGACUGGGACCCUUGAGAUCAAAGGCUUACCAUGCUUCUCCCUAAGAGGGCCAGGGCCUGCUGACAUUACUGCUGACGGUUAUUCGUGGCUCUUAUAAUUAACAAAAAGAAUGGACAAGCUUAAUAAAAUAACUGUCCCUGCCAGUCAGAAGUUGAGGCAACUUCAAAAGAUGGUCCAUGAUAUCAAGAACAAUGAAGGUGGAAUAAUGAACAAAAUAAAAAAGCUGAAAGUCAAAGCACCUCCAAGUGUUCCUCAAAGGGAUUAUGCCUCAGCAAGCCUGACACGGGGAGAGCUGCACUCACCAUCAGCCCUGCCUCAUGGAACUAAGACUAGAGGAAUGAAACUUGGACUCGAAGAGAACCCUGUUGACGAAGAGGAGCAGUGGUCAGAUGACUUUACACACAGAGUUUCAGCCACCCUUCCUGUUAAAUGGCCCACAUGCUCCCCCAGGAUAGUGGUUCAGGACAGCGACUAUGAACACCCGGAUGAGCACUCGGACUCAGAGAUGUAUGUGCUACCUGCUGAGGAGACUGGGGAUGACAGUUACGAGCCACCACCUGCGGAGCAGGAGACAAGAACCAUUCACCCAGCCCUGCCCUUCGCCAGGGGCGAGUAUGUAGACAAUCGGUCAAGCCAGAGGCAGUCUCCGCCCAUCAGCAUGACACUUCCCAGUAAGCCCGACUGGCCUCCGCCAAAAGCAAAAGCCAGGCUGACCUCCACUCUGCCGGCUCUGACUUCUCUUCAGAAACCUCAAGUCCCACCCAAACCCAGGGAACUUGAGGAUGAGGUGGAUUAUGUGGUCCCUGUGGAGGAUGGAGAUGAGAACUACAUUCACCCCACAGAAGGCAGUUCGCUCCCGGCAGAAAAAGCUCCCAUGGUGAAUAGAUCCACCAAGCCAAGUAACUCCUCAAAGCCAGCCUCUCCUCCAGGGACAGCUUCAGGUCAUAACAGUGGAGCCUGGGAUGCUAAGUCAUCUUCUCCUGCUGCACCAUCCCCACUGCCCAGGGCUGGGAAAAAACCAGCUACACCACUGAAGACAACUCCAGUUGCCUCUACACAGAAUGCCUCAAGCAUUUGUGAAGAAAAACCUAUACCUGCUGAACGCCACCGAACAUCUAGUCACAGACAAGAAAAUACGCAAUCAUCAAUGUUUCCUCCUACCCAGAAACAAAUCCAUCACAAACCCAUACCUCUGCCAAGAUUUCCAGAAGGAGGAAGCCCAACUGUGGAUGGCCUAUUUUCAUCUAACCCUCAUUUGUCAGAACAGGAAGCAGACAUUCACUGCAAGCCUUGGUACGCUGGGGCCUGUGAUCGGAAGUCUGCUGAAGAGGCUUUAUACAGAUCAAACAAGGAUGGAUCAUUUCUUAUUCGGAAAAGCUCUGGCCAUGAUUCCAAACAGCCAUAUACACUAGUUGUAUUCUUUAAUAAGCGAGUAUAUAAUAUCCCUGUGCGAUUUAUUGAAGCAACAAAGCAGUAUGCUUUGGGCAGAAAGAAAAAUGGAGAAGAGUACUUUGGAAGUGUUGCUGAAAUUAUCAAGAAUCAUCAAUAUAGCCCUCUGGUUCUCAUUGACAGUCAGAAUAAUACAAAAGAUUCAACAAGACUGAAAUAUGCAGUUAAAGUUUCAUAGAUUUUUUGAAAAAGGUCAACAUCAUCGCUUCAGACAUUUUCUUUAUUUCUGCUUUUGAGAAAAAGUCCCCAAACUUCAUAUUUUGGAUUCUGAAUCCUCCAGUAAUAGAAGAUGGAGGCAGCUACUGAAGUGGUCAUCCAUUUCUUUAUAAGAAGCUCACAUGGACUUGUUCUAUUGCCUGACCUGAUGAACUGUGAAUAUUUGGUGAGGUUGAGUUAUCAUGCUACUAAUAUUCUUCAAAUAAAUGCCUUUAUUUAAAAGAAAUAGGUGUAAAGUCUUUUUAGUCAUGUAAGAAAAUAACCCUCUGUUUUCAAAAUAAGAAAAAAAUACUCUUGGAUUAAAACAAAGCUACUGGAAAUUUGAGCCACCACAAUGGUCACUGGUACACUAAUGUAAUGUCUACUACCAAUGCUUGACAAUUAUGUCUUGGUUGAAAUUGCAAUGUGUAGAAAAUAAAAUAAAGAUAAUGUACAAUAUUUGUAAGUACAGAUUAAGGGGGAUGUCUGUUUUGUGAGUGGGAAACUGCAACUAAGCCAUGGGAGAUGUAUGUGAAUAGGAACUUUCUAGAAGUUUUUGUCCACAAUUAUGUUGUUAGCUUUAUUAAAAAUAAUUAUACUUCUUUGA